GCAAACAACACGUCCGGGAUCCAAGCAAAAGGAUUAUCUUUCUUUUCCCCUUGACACGGUGUCUCCUCGCCGUACUCCUCACCCACUUUCUCCCCACCACCAGGCCACCUCUUCUCGCUCCUUCCCCUCCCCCCGCCCGGAUCGGAAUGCGUCCGAUCACUUCCCCCCGGCAGCCACACGUGGGGCCCUCUAACUCGCUCCUCCUCGUCCUCCUCCUCCGGUCAACCCCGCCCGCCGCCGCAUGCGGGCGUGAAGGGAUUGUGGAUCGAAGCGCAUUCCGUCCAUUAAGUUAUUCUCUCGUCCCGCUGCGCCUGUCUCCUGCGUCCUUGGCUUAAAGGAGGAGGGUCGUCCUCGCAGGGGAGGGGAGGGGUCCCCCCUAAUGGCCGUGCAUUCCCGUCCCACGCAUUGCCGGAUUCGACAGCGUGCGCCGCCGGCAAGUGUUGUUCUUGAUUGACCGGUUGAUCGAUUGAUUGAUGUGGGUGGACGCGGGCAGGCAGGCAGGAUCCCAAAACCCCCCAGCCAGGAAGCCGUGGGAGAGAGGCAGGAUUUCGAGGGUAAAGAUUCUCAACACUGGAGCACUGGAUAUUUGUAUUUCGUGCCCAGACUUUUGUUUGGUUUAGCAAAAAAUGGCCUUCGUCAAAGAGGAAAAAAUGAAGGGUUGUCAUCCGAGACUUUUCGGUUCCAAGGAGAAGAAAGUUGCAAAGAGGACAGACGGUCCAUGUUGCAACGCAGCAGGGGAGGUUGGACCAAGUUCUUCUAAGGCAGUAUCCUCUUCCCCUUUGAGAACACUUUCAGGAGUUAAGAGCAUACGUCUCAGUCAUUUACUGGCCCAACCUUCUAUUAAUAAAACAACUGAGCCCAUCAGAAUAUUUGUAUCUACCUGGAAUGUUGCUGGGAAAGCACCCACUGCUGAGCUAAACCUGGAUGAUUUUGUGCCCCCUGACGAUCAUUCAGAUAUUUAUGUGUUGGGUUUUCAGGAAGUUGUUCCUCUCAAUGCCGGUAAUGUGCUUGUGAUAGAAGACCACGAACCAGCUGCACGAUGGCUUGUUCUUAUAAACCAAGCACUAAACAGGCCUGCUGACAAUGAUACCAAUGUAUUUCAGCAACCAUCUCCCUCCAUGGAUUCUACUUCCUCUCGAGCUUCUUCAAGCCUGGACACUACAUUCUCUGACAUAACAAAAACAGCAAGUGGUUCCACAAUCUUCCACAAGUCCUUUCUGAAAUCCGUUAGUAAAUCUUUCAUGCCUCUCCAGAGAAAACAGCUUAAGGCCUGCAACUGCCCAGUAGAAAUGAUCAAAUCAUCCUACAGGGAUGCUUGCUUUCGACGCCCAAAAAAACAUGCUGGCGAGAGUGAUUCCUCGGGAGAGGAAGAGAAAGAGAACACGAGGGAUUCUUGCUGCUCUACAGGAAAUGAAGUAACUUCGGCUCCCACCGCAAGGGAUCAACUAAAAUAUAAUCUUAUAGUAUGCAAACAAAUGGUUGGUAUUUUUGUCACUGUGUGGGUAAAGAAAGAACUAGUGCAGCACAUCGGGCAUCUAAGAACAUCUUGCAUAGGACGAGGAAUUCUGGGCUGUCUUGGAAACAAGGGAUGUAUAUCAGUAAGUAUGACAGUGCACCAGACAAGCUUUUGUUUCAUCUGCAGCCAUUUGGCCUCCGGUCAGAAAGAAGGCGAUGAAUUCAGGAGAAAUUCUGAUGUUUUAGAGAUACUGCGGCUCACACUGUUUUCAAGGAUUUGCCGGAGAGCUGGGCGAAGAAUCCCAGAGAAAAUUCUUGAGCAUGAUAAGGUGAUAUGGUUCGGGGAUUUGAACUACCGUCUUGCAUUGAGCUAUGCAGAUACAAAAAGGCUUUUGACAGAAAAUAACUGGGAUGCCCUUUUCGAAAAAGAUCAGCUCAAAAUUGAACAGGAUGCUGGACGGGUAUUUAAGGGUUGGAAUGAGGGGAAGAUAUAUUUUGCUCCCACAUAUAAGUACUCUUCUAAUUCGGAUGCUUAUGCUGGUGAGACUGCAACAUCAAAGAAAAAGAGGAGAACACCAGCAUGGUGUGAUAGAAUUUUGUGGCGUGGAGAUGGCACGUCACAAUUAUCCUACUACCGCGGAGAGUCAAGAUUUUCAGAUCAUCGCCCUGUCUGUGGAACCUUCAUUGUUGAGGUUGAGACACUAAACAAAAAGACAAAGAGGCGCCCGUCUAGUGCUGACAUGAGAAUUGGUGCUGAAGAGCUUUUACCAACGGACAAGAAUAAGGGUAAAGGCACACCACGAAAUAUGAGCUGCCCAAAAAUACCACAAUAGUGUGCAUAUUAGUUCCCCAAAGAAAACAUAUAUGCAUCUGAGUUCUCAAGAAUCCCUAAAGGUUCUGUUUGGGUAAGGAUAAAACUCAGAUGGAUGCUGCUCAUACAAACAGGCCCUGGAGUGGUGGUUAUAUGUCUCGGGAAAAUGUCUGUGAUAACUGAGAAGGAAGGAUAAUGUCUAACUUGUAUAGCAAAUUGAGGUAUUCUUUCAACGCCCCAUCGGAAAAAAGAAAAGUGAUUCUUUCCAACAAAAAUGCACCAUGGUUUGGCUAUAUAUCUGACAUAAAUAUAAAAUGCCGAAAUAUUCUUUGGUCUGUCAUUUUUGCUAUGUGGAAGGAUAACUGUACCGAGACAGCAUGAAGACGCCACGAACGUUCUGAAACGCUUCACGAGAUGCCGUUGUGUGACUGCACUUGUGCAAUGGAUCCGAAGAUCUUCUUUCCUUUUUUUUUCUUGUUUUGUUUUGUGAAACGAUCGAUCAGAAGACUCGAUAUGUUGUCCUCUUCUUUCUUGUCCCCUGGCUUGGAUGGCCAAAAUACCUUGAUUUUGAAACUGUUA